GCGGGGAGUCUGAGCCGGGACGAGGCGGAGAAGGUAAAGGGGAGGGGCGACGCCCCCCUGUGUCUGCCCCGGCUGGGCCAUGUGGGCCGGGUUGCAGGCACUUUUGGCCUCGGGGGCCCGGGGAACCCACCUCGUUGCCAGGCUGUCGAAGCAGCUGUGCAGCCAGGCUGGGUCUCGGGUCACCAUCUUUGCCCUGUCCUCGGGUCACGGCAAAUGCGGGGUAGCCGUCAUCCGGACCAGCGGACCUGCCAGUGGCCCAGCCCUCCUCCGCCUCAUGGCGCGGCUGGAGCUGCCCCGUCCCCGGACCGCCACCUUGAGCCUCAUCUUGGACCCUGACUCUUCUGAGCCCCUGGACAGGGGCCUGGUGCUCUGGUUCCCAGGGCCACACAGCUUCACCGGGGAGGACUGCGCUGAGCUGCAUGUGCACGGGGGCCCAGCCGUGGUGAGCGGGGUGCUGCAGGCCCUGGGCAGCCUGCCUGGCCUGCGCCCAGCGGAGGCGGGCGAGUUCACCAAGCGGGCAUUCCAGAACGGGAAGCUGGGACUGACAGAAGUGGAGGGGCUGGGCGACCUGAUCCAUGCUGAGACGGAGGCCCAGCGGCGCCAGGCCCUGCGCCAGCUGGCUGGGGAACUGGGCCGCCUCUACCAGGGCUGGAGCGAGACCCUGACCAGGGUCCUGGCCCACGUGGAGGCUUACAUCGACUUCAGUGAAGAUGACAACAUCGAAGAGGGAGUGCUCGCGGAUGUCAACACAAGCGUGAGAGGACUGCAGGCUGAGAUCCAGGGGCACCUCCAGGAUGCCCGGCGUGGAGAGCGGCUCCGCAGCGGGGUCCAAGUGGUCAUUGCCGGCCCCACCAACGCCGGCAAGAGCAGCCUCCUGAACCUGCUCUGCCAGAAGCCUACAGCCAUCGUGUCUCCUGUGGCUGGGACAACCCGGGAUGUAGUGGAGUCAGCCCUGAACAUUGGUGGCUUCCCUGUACUGCUGAGUGACACGGCCGGGCUGCGGGCGACCCAGGACCCCGUGGAGCGAGAGGGCGUGCGGCGUGCCCAGGACAGGCUGACCCAAGCGGACAUUGUGUUGGCAGUACUGGAUGCCACAGACAUCGCCUCAGACUCGAGCCACCUCUUCCUGGAGACCAUGAGAGGCCAGGGAGACCCAACCCGGCCCUGCCUUCUGGUGCUGAAUAAGGCCGACCUCCUGACACCAGGGAGCCACCAGGGUCUGGUGGGGAUCUUCCAAGGGUGGGGGCUGACCCCCGUCCUCCUGAUGUCCUGCAAAACGGGGGAAGGCGUGGAGGGACUGCUGGAUGCCUUGAAGGAGGAAUUGGCUGCCAUAUGCGGGGACCCUGCCGUGGGCAGCCCCAGCCUGACCCAGACCCGUCACCGACGCCAUCUCCAUGACUGCCUGGCAGCACUGGGACGCUACCAGCAGUGGCACGAGCGGGACCUGGCACUGGCAGCAGAGGAGCUGCGGGCGGCCCGUGGCCACCUAGGCCGGAUCACGGGGCGUGUGGGCGCGGCCGAAAUUCUGGACGUCAUCUUCCGUGACUUCUGCAUUGGCAAGUGAGGCCCGGGCAGACCCUCCCCCCACGCCCCCUCCGCCCCCCGGCUGGAGUGAGCUAGAGGGCUCCUGGGACCUUGGUCUCAGCUACGCUGAGGAGAAACUGUCUGAUUCUGGGGGCCAAGGAGAACGGACAGGAGACUGAAUUAUGUGUUCUGUGUUAAGAUUACUUGGGCCUGCUGCAGA